AGCUUAGGAAAUUUUCCAAUUCGUGCUGUACCCGUGAUAGACAGACAAGGAACAGCCAAUCCGGUCAUCCCAGACGAUCCUCUUGGCCUCCUCCAGCGGGGGAACUUUAUAAGAGUACCGUUGGUUAUUGGUAUCAAUAGGGACGAAGGUGCCUUUUUUUAUCCACUGCUGAAAAACGGAUACGCGGAAAACUCCCGUCGAAAUACGGGUUACCUCCGAGACAUCCUCAUUCCCAGAUUUCUACAAUCGACCUCUGACCUUGCGACAAAUUCUGCUGUAGUCGAGGCUAUUAUGUUUGCUUACUUCGUGGGAGUUGAUACUGCCAACCUAACUGAAAUUCUUAAGCCUUUUAUUAACAUGACGACUGAUGCCAUGUAUGUAGCGUGUCAUGACUUGACCUCCAAAACUUACGCCCAGUUGAACAUACCUACUUAUAUGUAUGUGUUUGAACACCGUGGGGUAAACAGCAUGAUUGACCUCCAGCUGAAUCAACAAAUGCCAAAGGUGGAUGCAGGUGUGUCACAUGGCGAUGAGCUAUUUUAUCUUUUCGACUUACAAGUGGAUGGAAUCCAACCUCUUUCGCGACUGGAUAGUUUGAUAAGUACCCGGAUGGUAACCUUGUGGACAGACUUUGCAAAAUAUGGAGAUGCACCGCAUUUUGUGAAUUAUGAAUAUCCUGCAAAAUGGCCUCGUCUCCAGCCAGACAAUCUCACAUAUUACCGUAUAGAACGAGAUCUGAGAAUAUCCCGAGAUUACCGCCAGAGGGAAUCAGAUUUAUGGUUGCAUCACCUUCCAUCUCUUGCGGAAAUUCAUACGCUACCCCCAACAACAAGUCCCCUGGUGGAAGAAAAAGUGGAGCCCGUGUACCGAACUUUGGCUUGGGCUAUGGUGGCUGUUGCGAUAGCUCUCUUCAUUCUUGUGAUUGUUCUUUUGGGUUUCUUGUACAAUCAAAGAAAAAGUCAAAGCUUUAAGGCCAGUCCAGAACUGGGACACUCAAGGAUGUCAGGGUCCAUGUCUGGUUCCACGCUGUAUUGACGGCGCGCCGAGUCCACUCACUCGUGAUCCAUCUAGGAUUCGAGUUAAAUGUGCUUGAGGUUGUCUUGAUUAAAAGUGUGGUAAAACAAGAGCACGCGGCUGCAUCUUGCAAUUCGUUC